GUUGGGUCUGUAUCGGAAACUGCUGCGCUACGCUGGCACCCUGCAGUACACGGACAAGGAGUACUUCGUCCACCGAAUACGAUCCGAAUUCGAUAACGCCCGCGAUCUGACCGAGCCCAGUCGCAUUGAGACUUUGGUCAAGAGAGGCAACGCGUUGCUGGAGCGUGCUCGCGUACUGUAAUAGAGUUCCUGCGCACUCGCACCAUGAAUCCGCUGACGAACACCAGGAAGAUCAACGAAUUGAAUGAAAGAGAAGCGCGCCUGAAUAUCCCCGAAUCCCGCUCCUGGCACGCGCAGUAUAAAGAUAGUGCGUGGAUUUUUAUCGGGGGACUGCCGUAUGAAGUCUCCGAAGGCGACGUCAUCUGCGUAUUCUCACAGUACGGGGAGCCGGUGAACAUUAACCUGAUCCGCGACAAGAAAAGCGGCAAAUCCAAGGGCUUCUGCUUCCUGUGCUACGAGGACCAGCGCAGCACCGUCCUGGCCGUGGACAACUUCAACGGCGCCAAACUGUGCGGCCGGACGAUCCGCGUGGACCACGUGCUGAACUACAAGGCCCCCAAGGAGGGCACCGACGACGAGAUCGCCAAGAUCCUCGCCGAACAGGGCUGCGGACCCGCCGCGGCCGGGCAGCUGGAGGAGGCGGUGCGCAAACGGGAACGCCAUGAGACGCGCACCGAGCGGGACUGGCGGGAACGCUCGCGGUCGCGUUCACCCCAGGAGCGCCAUCGACGGGAGCCCUCCCAGGAACGCCGCCGACGGGACGCCUCGCCGCGCCCCCGCCGACGGGAACGACUCCAGCUGAUCGUUAUCGCCACGCAUGCUGUUUUGGCGAUAAUCCGCAGAACCGGCCCGCAGUAGCGUGACUCGCGUGCAACCGAAAAAUCACUUGUGCGCUGCUUCUGUCAGAAACCUGCACGUGCUGCGG